UACGCUGGAAAAAUUCUUCGGCGUAGUACUUUUUGCAAAAAAUAAGAUAAUAAUUUUCUGUGAUUAAUCAUUUAAGUUACUCAGAAUUACCUGGAUGAGAUGGACAUCCCAGGUGGGUCAGGUGCAGGAUGGAGUGUGAAGAAGCACAAAAAGCACAAGCACAAGGAUCACAAGAAGCACAAGCGGAGAUCAUCGAGUUCCAGCAGUUCAAGUUCAUCCAGUGAUUCAUCAUCUGGAAGGAAAUACACAAAGGAACAGAAGAAGGUGCUCAAGGAGCAGAAGAAGAUGCAGAAGAAAAUGCGAAAGGCUGCAAAAAAGGCAGGAACAAACUACGAUAUUCCCAUUAAUUUGAUGGAUAACACCGCAAGGGCUCCGGAAACCCGGGAGCAGUGGGAAGCGCGGCAGAAUGUCAUCCGGAGGGUUGUGGAUCCCGUCACGGGGAGAGAACGACUCAUUCGUGGCGAAGGGGAGAUUCUCGAGGAGAUUGUCAGUCGCGACAGGCAUCGGGAGAUCAAUAGGCAGGCAACAGCAUCCGAUGGAGCCUACUUCCAAUCCAACACAAUUGGAUGGAAGCUCAAUUGAUCCCUAGGCAGCAGGAGCAGGGAAACACAGCAACUUGAAGUUUGUACACUUUUUGAAUAAACAUUUCUUCUCGAAACGAUUUCAUGUGCUUCCCGGAAAGUGCCAUAAGUAGCUGGAAGUUGUGCAGGAUGACUACCCAUUGCAUCAGAAAGUUUCUGAGGGAUCUUUAGAACCUCCUUUUCAACACUCGGCUGAACCUUGAUAGCAUUUAGGGGUCAAAAUUUGUCCAUUUGGCAAGUUCCCUUUGCAAUUUCGUGAAGGAUUUUUAUAGACUCAGAUUUUGACCCGAAGAUGACAUCAAGGAUCAGUCGGGUGUUGAAAAGAAGGUUCCUAAGAUCCCUUAGAAACUUCCUGAUGCAAUGCAUAGGAUGAUUGCUCAACUUCCAGCCACUUAUGGCACUUUCCGGGAAGCACAUCAAACCGUUCCAGGAAGAAAAGUGUAUAAACUUCAUAAUUGCUGGGAAAGACUUUUUUCCUUCAAGUUUUUUUUUAUUCACACACUCUCCAAAAUUGUAUAUAAUAAUAAUUAAUUAAUUAAUCAAUAAUCUGGAAUAAAUGGGAAAGUAUUUCCCGGGAAAAUCA